AUGGCCAGCAAUAAGUGUCACCCUGAGAUUGUCGCCAUUCCCGACGCUCAAGAAACCUCGGAUGACCCGUGCGAUGUCGGCACUGAUCCAGCAGUCCUCCGCCGAGUUGUAGCCGAGAACAAGUGGCCCGUCGACCUCUCCCUAGUCAACGACAGCUGGAACGACAAGGCUUUAGGGACUCGCUAUAGCCCAGAAAGCAGCGCUAUAGCAGCCCGCGCCCGCGACGUCCGCUUCUUUAUCCGACAGAAGAUCCGACAACUGAUCGAGCAAGGCGAUACAGACCCUCAAAUUGCGCUCGUAACCCACGGCGGUUUUCUGCACUACUUCGCCGAUGAUUGGGAGGACUCAUGGCUGAACCCUGGAACGGGAUGGCGGAACUGCGAGGUCCGAUCCUACGAAUUCGAAAUAGACGUCAUGAAGGAUACAGAUACGGAGGCCAGGCUCAUUGAGACAGCGGAAAGUCGACUGAAAAGGGGAAAACCCAAUCCUCAACCUUCUAAGGAAGAGCAGGCGGGGCUGUUUGAGCAGACAAUGGAGAAUUGGGAAAAACAGGGGCUGAAAAGACCUGACAGAAUAGGACUCCAUAUCUGA